AUGGCUAAACACGAUGUCCCCGAGCUUGGCUUCUGGGAAAAGGCAGAUAUCCCAUUCCUGCACCUGUCGGUGUUCGCCAGCAUGGUAUAUUCUGCCAUUACUGGUGUUUUCCGGGGUAAAGCCAGCCCCAAACGCUAUGAUCACCAUGUUCUAUCAGGUUUGAUUCGGAAAUUGGUUGAUCGCAGGUCAGAUCGGCAGACACAGUGUGUUCCCUCCAAUUAUUCCACCCUCCAAGUAUUGCACACUAAACUACAAAAAUCCGUAAAUGACAAUGGACAAGAUAUUGAUGUAUUGUCGCACAGGUACCUCACUCCCCCAACUUCAGUGGUCUAUGAAACCGUCAUGAAGAAGCGUGGUCUCGAACCCGAGACCGUCACCCUGCCUCAUGGCGCAGAGGGCCACUGGCUGGGAAAUAAAAGUGCCAAGAACGUGAUUGUAUACUAUCACGGUGGCGGUUUCGCCAUGCCCGCCAUUGCGGCGUACUUUGAUUUCUGGCUGGAGAUGCUAAACGCCUUGAAUGCAACCGGCCACGACCUAGCCGUGUUCUUCCCACGGUACACGCUAACCCCACACGCGACAUAUCCGACCCAACUCCGCCAAGCCGUUGAGGCCCUGCGCUACAUCAUCAACGAGACUGGCCGCUCACCAGCCAACGUGAUUAUCGGCGGUGACUCCGCGGGUGGGAACCUCACUGCUGCGACACUGCUGCACCUGUCUCACCCGCACGCUGAGAUCGAGCCUUUGGCUCUGUCGGCAUCGUUGGCGGGCGCAUUUACAUACGCGCCGUGGAUUAACUUUAGUACGGAUUGGCCUUCCAUGAAGGAGAAUCAGUGGAAGGAUAUUGUUACGACCUCUGUUUUGAAUCGGUGGUCUACUGCUUACCGGGCGGAUAAACCGGCGGAUAAUUGGAAUGAGCCGUUUAAUGCACCGGCUGAGUGGUGGAGGGAUGUCAAGACGGAGAAGAUUUUGGUUCUUGUUGGUGGGGAUGAGAUCUUGCUUUCGCCUAUUCAGGAGUUUGCGAAGAAGAUUAAGUCUGUGUAUGAGGAGAUUACUGUUGUUGUUGGGGAAGAUGAGUCGCAUGAUGCACCAUUUUACACUAUGGCCAAGGAGCAGACUCAGACUGGAACGGAGUUGCGACAGUGGCUGGCUGCUCGGCUGUGA